CCAGUAUCUACACGCUGGUCCUGAUGUCAAUUGAUCGAUUUUUCAGUCGUACAUCCGAUUCGAUCGCGUAUGCUGCGCACAGAGAAAAUUACGAAAAUCUGCAUUUGCACCAUAUGGGGUGUUAUUCUGGCGAUAUCGGUACCCGUGGCCGCAACGCAUGGAGUUGUGCGCAUCGAGGGAUCAAACUACAGCCUGGAAAUGUGUCAGUUUAUGCAAAACAAUUUCCUAUCACUGUCCGUCUAUCAGAUGAUAUUCUUUGCCAGCUCGUAUCUGCUGCCGCUAAUGGUCAUUAGCGGUCUCUACAUGAGGAUGAUUACAAGUCUAUGGCGACAUGGUACCUCGGUUCGAAUGUCCAUGGAAUCACAGCGCGGACGGAAACGUGUAACACGUCUGGUUGUUGUUGUUGUGAUAGCAUUUGCCUCAUUAUGGCUACCCGUACAGUUAAUUUUACUCUUAAAGGCGCUGGACAUCUAUCAAACGACAACCAAGCUGACGGUGAUAUUGCAAAUCAUCGCUCAAACCUUGGCCUAUACCAGUUCCUGCAUCAAUCCCGUGCUCUAUGCCUUUUUGUCGGAUAAUUUUCGCAAAGCAUUUCACAAGGCCAUCAAUUGUACAAAACGUUUCCAGGACUACACAUCAGAUUUGCCACCCGCCAGGAAAACGUCAUAUGCGCGUACAUCGACGACAGGCGUCUAAAGAAGGAGUGUAAUUACUUAGAUGGUCACUUUUCUAAAUGCGGCUUGUGACAUCAUAAAUACAUAUGUAUAGUUGUGUGUUGGAGUGCUUACAUCUUUAAGAGAAUAUGUGUGUGUUUAUGUGUGAAUGUAUUGAAGUAUUGUAGUCGUAAAAUCCAAACCAAAAAAAAUUGUUAAAUUGUCUUUAUUGUUUCAAGAUGCCAAGCAUUUGUUAUUAUCUUUUUUGAACGUUUUUCUUUUUCUUUUUUAGAUUAUAAGAAUCUUAUAAGAAAUAGUUUGUUGCAUAAGCUUACUUAAAUCACCAGGAAAAAAAUAACUAAAAGUUAAUUGUUUAUAUUUAAGAUUAUGUAUUUAGUGAGAGAUAUAAGGAAAUUUGUGGAGUAUAAGAAUAAAUUUAAAAAUAUAUUUCAAUAAAUAUAAAU